CUCGUGUUGCGGCACACUUUAGAUUUCUCGCUGCGUUUAACUCUCAUUUGUUUGGGCUGUAAGUUAGCUCCAGUCCCUGCUUCCUCCUGACUCAGCUGACAGCACUUUUUGGUAGUAAGACGAUGGCGACAGUCCGCAAGAAGGUAGACAACCGGAUUCGUGUCCAGAUAGAGAAUGGAGUCGCUCUGCAGCAUCGUACCAUGUUUGUGGUGGUGGGAGAUCGUGGAAGAGAUCAGGUUGUCAUUCUGCACCACAUGCUGUCCAAAGCCGCCGUCAGAGCACGACCCUCUGUACUCUGGUGCUACAAAAAAGACCUGGGCUUCAGCAGCAAUCGGAAGAAGCGCAUGAGGCAGCUGCAGAAGAAGAUAAAAACUGGCACCUUGAACCUGAAUCAGGAUGACCCGUUUGAACUCUUCAUCGCUGCGACCAACAUCCGCUACUGUUACUACAACGAGACCCACAAGAUCCUGGGCAACACCUUCGGCAUGUGCGUCCUGCAGGAUUUUGAAGCUCUGACUCCUAAUCUCUUAGCGAGAACUGUUGAGACUGUAGAAGGAGGUGGUAUUGUGGUGUUACUGCUGAGAACAAUGAACUCUCUCAAGCAGCUGUACACAAUGACUAUGGAUGUGCACUCUCGGUACCGGACUGAGGCUCAUCAGGAUGUGGUGGGAAGGUUCAAUGAGAGGUUCAUUCUGUCGCUUGCAUCCUGCAAAAACUGUGUCGUCAUCGACGACCAGCUCAACAUCCUGCCAAUCUCCAGCCACAUGGCAAACAUCAAGCCCGUCCCUCCAAAGACUCAGGAGGACGGUUUGUCACCACGUGAACAGGAGCUGAAGGAUCUGAAGGAGUCCCUUCAGGACACUCAGCCUGUGGGUGUGUUGGUGGAUUGCUGCAGGACCAUGGACCAGGCUAAAGGAGUGCUGAAGUUCAUUGAGGCAAUCUCAGAGAAGACCCUGAGGAGCACUGUGGCUCUGACUGCUGCCCGCGGUCGAGGCAAGUCUGCAGCGCUGGGGCUGGCUGUCGCUGGAGCUGUGGCCUUUGGCUACUCCAACAUCUUUGUGACCUCACCGAGCCCGGACAACCUCCACACCAUGUUUGAAUUCAUCUUCAAAGGCUUUGAUGCUCUGCAGUAUCAGGAGCAUCUCGACUAUGAAAUCAUCCAGUCUUUGAAUCCAGAGUUCAACAAAGCUGUGGUGCGGGUGAACAUCUUCAAAGAGCAUCGGCAGACAAUUCAGUACAUCCACCCGGGUGAUGCGGUGAAGCUGGGCCAGGCUGAACUGCUGGUCAUCGAUGAGGCCGCGGCCAUCCCUCUUCCUCUGGUUAAGAAGCUGCUCGGGCCUUAUCUGGUUUUCAUGGCCUCCACCAUCAACGGCUAUGAAGGAACUGGACGCUCUCUUUCCCUCAAACUGAUUCAGCAGCUGAGGCAGCAGAGUGCAGACAGUCAGCAGAGUCUGUCAGCAGAGAACAGAACCACCAACACAGCACGGCUCGCAGCAGCCCGCUCUCUCCACGAGGUUGCUCUCCACGAGUCCAUUCGCUACGCCCCAGGUGACGCUGUAGAAAAGUGGCUGAAUGAUCUUCUCUGUCUGGACUGUCUGAACAUACCGAGGCUCAUCUCUGGCUGCCCACUUCCACAGACCUGUGACCUAUAUUAUGUGAACAGAGACACACUGUUCUGCUACCACAAAGCAUCUGAGGCGUUCCUGCAGAGGCUCAUGGCUCUCUACGUGGCAUCGCACUACAAGAAUUCACCAAACGACCUGCAGUUGUUGUCCGACGCUCCAGCUCAUCACCUCUUCUGUCUCCUGCCGCCUGUUCCCCCCACACAGAACUCACUACCUGAGGUCCUCGCUGUGGUGCAGGUGUGUCUGGAGGGAGAAAUAUCUCGGCAGUCAAUCCUGAACAGUCUGUCUCGAGGAAAGAAGGCCUCAGGUGACCUCAUUCCCUGGACGGUGUCAGAACAGUUCCAAGACUCAGAGUUUGCCGGCCUCUCAGGAGGCAGAGUGGUGCGAAUAGCCGUCAAUCCAGACUACCAAGGGAUGGGCUACGGCUCCAGAGCUCUCCAGCUGCUACAGAUGUACUAUGAGGGCAAGUUUCCCACCAUGGACGAGAACACACGUUCAAAUCACAACGAGAUCACCUCCGUCAGCAGUGAGGCUGUCAGUCUGCUGGAGGAGGUGAUCACUCCACGGAAGGAGCUCCCCCCUCUGCUGCUCAAGCUGAGUGAGAGGAGAGCAGAGAGACUGGACUAUCUAGGAGUUUCCUAUGGCCUUACUGCACAGCUGCUCAAGUUCUGGAAGAAAGUGGGCUACACUCCAGUCUACUUAAGGCAAACCCCUAAUGACCUGACAGGAGAGCACUCUUGUGUGAUGCUAAAGGAGCUGAAUACAGAUGAAGCCCCCGAGCAGAGCCAGUGGCUGUCUGCCUUCUGGAAAGAUUUCCGCCGGCGCUUCCUGUCUCUCCUCUCCUACCAAUUUGGCAGCUUCCAUCCGAGCAUGGCGCUCAGCAUCCUGCAGAAUAAGAAGUCAAAGGAGGAGACGAGCACUCUCAGCAGCUCUGAGCUGGCAGCCCAUUUCAGCCCUUACGACCUGAAACGUCUGGAGUUGUAUUCGAGGAGCAUGGUGGACUACCACCUCAUCAUGGACCUGAUCCCAACAGUGGCACGCAUCUUCUUCCUCAAGCAGCUCGGCGACACAUCUCUCUCAGCCGCACAGUGUGCAUUACUGCUGGGGAUAGGCUUACAGCACAAAUCAGUGGAACAGCUAGAGAAGGAAAUCGAACUCCCAAGCUCGCAGCUCAUGGGCCUCUUCAACCGUCUGAUCCGGAAAUUUGUGCAAGUCUUCACCAGCAUCCAAGAAAAAGCUAUUGAGGCUGAGAUGGUGGCCCACAAAGACGUUUCCAUGGAGCCGACUGUCAGAAGCCUUAAUGACGAUCUGAAUGAAGCAGCAAAGGAGUUUGAGGAGAGACACAAGCAGGAUGUAGAGAAAGUAAAGGAAAUGGACCUGGAAGAAUAUAAGAUCCGUGGAGAUGAUGAGGAAUGGGACCAGGUGUUGAAGAAAGCAGGGAACACGGCUCUCGUCAGCAUCAAGAGUAACAAGAAGAGGAAGAUAGACGGGGGAAACGCCAUAGCCAGCAACGGGGCUCCGCAGCAGGGGAAACUAAAAAAGAAGGAGAUGCAACAGGGCAAAUUCAAGAAGAACAAGGAAAAGCGUGGCAAAUUUGGAAAGAAGAUGUGACAGUAAACGGAGCUGCGUUGACAGGAAGGACAGUGCGUGGGCACAGCAGCAUCAACAUCUGUGAUCUGGAGAACUUUGGAUAUCUUGGACGGACAUACAGAUAGUGAAGACCUCACGCAGGACUGGAUAUCUGUUGAGUUGUUGUUUUUUUAAAUCCUUGACAAUUUUCUGAAUUCUGCUCCCCAGAUACACCAACAUUUCUACAUUAUGUCAUAACAAGUAUGUUGCUUUCAUUCAUUUUCACACUGUAUAUCAGCAGAAAAUACCACACUUACUCUUGUACUAAUUAAAUGUCAUUUACUUUGAAGUAUUUCAAACAUUUUUACAGUGCUCUUAGAGUUCCCUUUUAGUUGAUGUCAUGAUUUCUACAAAGACUUGUAAAACGUUAAUGGAAAGGUUUUUAAAAAGUGAAACGGGAGGUAUGUGAUUGGCUUUAGGUUCCACUGAACGGGUCACUUGAACACCUGAGGCUGCAUUUCAGUCCACUUCUGUUUGAGCUGCUGCUUCACGGCGUCUGGUGCAAAGAUGCAGUCUAUGGCCUGCUGGGAGAGCUUCCACACGGCUUCACGACUGAGACCGAAGGUGGAAGCUGCCAGCUGAUAUUCCUGAGACAAGUCUGUACAGAAGACUCCCUUAUCGUCAGUCUGGAAUGUGACAAAGAAUAAAAAUCAUUCAUGGGGAACUCUGAUUUCAUCACAAUUAAGAUUCUACAUAAUCUUAAUUCUACAUAAAUGUACAUUUUUUUUUAAAACGGGGGACUUCACCUUAGUCUGUUUACUCAUCAUGUGCUACACAGCCUAUGAAAACAAGACUUAGGUCUGAGGAGGGUCUAAUGACACGACUAUUGAGCUAUUGUGGGAGUUGUAGUUUUUUCUUUCUGAAGCUCUGACUAAAGACUAAAGCAUAUUUUGGCCUCUGCUGAAUCAAUUUUGACUUCUGUUUUUUAAUACAUCACUUUCAAGCCCCCCAACCCAAUAAAACUGCAAUACUAACAUUGCUUCACAAAGCAAGCCAUUAAUGCGUUAGGACUGGAUACUGAACCCCAAAACUUGUGAUUCCUGCCCAAAUUGUGUCCCUGGUGUGUCAAAACCAAAUGUUGGCACCAAAUGUUUUGUUACGUUCUUUGUUUUAGUUGUAUUUUGUUAAAUAUUUUACAAAUUAAAUCACGAGUUCA